AUGAAAGUAAUUGUUAGGAUUAACAUAUAUUCAGUAAAUGACAGGAGCCUCCAAGCCUUAACAAGUCAUAAAAAUAAUACAGCCUCCAAGAGUGCCUCUGCUGUGUACUGCAGUGAGUUUGAAGAAUUUCAGCUCCUGGAACCUGUCUGCCACCAGCUGUUUGAGCUCUAUCGUAGCUCUGAAGUUCGACUUAAGAGGUUCACACUGCAGUUCUUGCCAGAAUUGAUAUGGGUUUAUCUACGGCUUACAGUUAGCCGAGACAGACAAAGUAAUGGCUGCAUUGAAGCACUUCUACUAGGAAUUUAUAAUCUGGAAAUUGCCGAUAAAGAUGGAAACAAUAAAGUGCUAUCUUUCACUAUCCCUUCUUUAUCCAAGCCUUCAAUAUACCAUGAGCCCUCAACAAUUGGAUCCAUGGCUCUGACGGAAGGGGCAUUGUGUCAACAUGAUCUCAUCAGAGUUGUUUAUAGUGAUCUUCAUCCUCAGAGAGAAACAUUUACUGCACAAAACCGGUUUGAAGUCCUGAGUUUUCUAAUGCUAUGUUAUAAUUCUGCUAUUGUGUAUAUGCCUGCCUCGUCUUACCAAUCUCUUUGUCGAAUGGGCUCCAGGGUUUGUGUGAGUGGCUUUCCACGACAACAUGAGAAACAGUGGAAGGAACUCUGUGGUCGAAUAGCAUUGGAUCCUGAAUUUAUGGUGCAGCUUCUCACAGGAGUUUAUUAUGCCAUGUAUAAUGGACAGUGGGAUCUUGGCCAGGAAGUACUUGACGACAUCAUUUAUAGAGCUCAACUAGAACUCUUUUCUCAACCACUCUUGGUUGCUAAUGCCAUGAAAAACUCAUUACCAUUUGAUGCACCUGAUUCUUCACAAGAAGGCCAGAAAGUACUUAAAGUGGAAGUCACUCCAACAGUGCCGAGGAUUUCUCGGACUGCAAUUACCACAGCUUCAAUCCGUCGUCAUAGAUGGAGAAGAGAAGAUGGCUUUGACUUCUCAAACGAGGCUGACUCGAGUAUUCCUGGCUCCCCGAUCCAACACGGCUCCACUGACCUAGGGAUCAAACGUGUGCAAGAGGGGGAGGUGCUGGUGCCCAGGACCCCUGAGCAUGGCUCGUCGGAGCCCAACUCAGCAGCAGCCACAACAGAGGGUGCUGAGGGUCUAAAUGGAGGAGAGGAAUCUGUAAACCUGAAUGAUGCAGAUGAAGGAUUUUCAUCAGGGGCUUCUCUCAGCAGCCAGCCACUUGGGACCAAACCAUCCUCCUCUUCUCAGAGGGGGAGCUUAAGGAAAGUAGCAACUGGGCGUUCAGCCAAAGAUAAAGAAACAGUAUCUGCCAGCAAAUCUAAUGAGAGCCCUCGAGAUUCAGUAGUUCACAAGCAGUUUGUACAGCAACCAACGGAUCUUAGUGUAGAUUCAAUUGAGCUGACACCGAUGAAGAAACACCUGAGCCUGCCUGCUGGCCAGGUGGUGCCAAAAACCAAUAGUUUAAGUCUAAUUCGGACAGCAAGUGCUUCCUCAAGUAAAUCAUUUGACUAUGUAAAUGGCAGUCAAGCAAGUACCAGCGUUGGGGUUGGCACUGAGGGAGUUACUAAUCUAGCAGCUACCAAUGCUAAUCGAUACUCAACUAUCAGUCUGCAGGAAGACCGGCUAGGUCACACUGGUGAAGGCAAAGAGCUCCUCAGCCCAGGAGCCCCCUUAACCAAGCAGUCUCGAUCCCCAAGUUUCAAUAUGCAGCUAAUAUCCCAGGUGUAGCUUUGAUGUCCCCUCUUUCUGCUAACCUGUUAAACUGAACAUUUCAUUGUGCAAGACACUUCAUCCCACAUUGUGAAAAUAUUGGUCAUUGUAAUCAGAUUUGACUUAGUUUAGAUAUCUUCAUACUGUAUUUUGUAUGGAAACAGCAAUAAGGUUUUCUUUUCUCUCCUUUGACCUCUCUUCCUGUUCCUUGUCAUUGUAUUUGUGAAGCAGUGUAAAAUGUUUGCCUUUUCAUGCCUUCCUUUUUCCUUGGGUGAUGUGCAAUCCAUCGUAGGCUGAUCAGUCCCAUUUCAGCACUGUGAGACUGAGGAUAUGUUAGAGGAAAUGGUGUAUAUGAUCCCUAUGAAGUGAUUCUUUGGUUUUUAUUUAAAAACAAAACGGGUUUGUUCACAUGAUCUAUGGAACUAUGAAGAUAACUGGAUCAUAUUUUUUUUCUCUUAACCAGGAGUGCCUCAGAGAUUCUGCUAGGACUUUGGACUUCUCUGAGUCUGUGCAAUUGUAUAUUCUUAUAAAGCAUGGGGCAAGGUGGUGGACUGCUGCACGUUCUCAUUAAAAUGAGGGUAGCUCUUUUCCCCCCUUUCCCUUUAUCCCAAGGACAUAAAUGUUUAAUUAUUGAGGCAUUUAAAUCAAUUUGUGUCCACCUCCAUUGGAGGGUGGGGCUCUAUGUAAUUGAUAAUGCACUUUCUCAAUGGCUCUCUAGUCAUUAACAUGUCUUCCCUCUUCCCACAAGGACUUGAGGGCAUUUCUGUCCUUAAAGAUUGAACUAACAAGUCAGAGACUCCAAGGGGCAUGUUCUAUUUCCCAGGAAUGAUUGACACUUUGGUGCUGGGGUUUUGUGGGGGGAGGGGUGUUUUUUGUUUAGCCUGUGUGCGAUUGUAUGUAAAGGGACAUUUUAAUUGGUUUUGAUUUUUUUUUCUCCCUUUGUGAGCUGAUGAUGACUGAAGUAGAGACUGUACAUCUUCAGGUAAAGAGAGGGAUUUCUCAGUCUACUUUCUGUGAUGUCAGACUUUUGGAGAAACCCUUUCAGCUGCUCUCUAGAUGUACCUAAAUUCAGUCAGAUAUUGGAUUAAGAAACCUAAGGUCUUGAGAUCAUAUACUCCAAGGAAACACAUCAGGGACAGAUAAUUGGUUGAAAACACUGAUGCUUCAAUGUGACACAUUUUUAUAGAACAUUUCUACCAGAGGGUACUGACUUGAUUUCUCCACAAGGACCACACUGCCUUUGUGUUUAAUGCAAUUUGUGUAUCUUCUACUAUAUCUGCAAAGUUUCUCGUUUUGAUAAAACUUUGAAAUCAUGCCAGUAAGCUAGAUGUUGAAUGUAUGUAAGUAGCAUUUGGUAACUGCUAAGAAGCCACAAAAAUAUAUUAUUGGUUUAAAUUUUUCUGUUCUAAUUUGGAUGGGUAAGAUGUUAUUAUAAUCUCUUCUGGGUCUCAGGCUCUAAUAUUUGAAAAAGGGAAUAUAUUGAGUUUUUGAAAGUCAGUAUUGUGACUUGAACUGCUAUGAAUUAUACAUCCAGAAAAACACAUCAGUUAUACAGGUCUUUGUACAUGUACACAUUUUUGUUAUUGUGAAAGAAAAAUAUAUUGAAUUUAUAGAAAGCAAGUAUUCUCCUAAUUAGGACAAAGUUUAAAAUUUUAUAUCUACUAAUUACAGUAGAUUUUGAUAAAUAAAGUAACCAGAUAAAUGCCUCUCUUUUUUUCACAUUAACACCACCACCACUUGUGGGAGAGUUUGGGUGGGAGCAUGUUGUAUUAGAAUCAUCCUUGAGUGGAUUUGUUGGUCUUUAACAUUUUUCAACUCCUGUAAAAGUAGAAAACUAGAACCUGAAAUGUUAUCUACAACAUUCCCAAAAUUUGGGGUAAAGCUGAUGAUUUAUUGAUCUUUAUGGUAUGUAUAUAUAUUUGUCACAAAGACAUUUUAGACCUCGUUUUUUCUAAUUUAACGCUAUCAAGAAAAUGACAAGAAUUAUAAAACAGCCAAAAUUAGUGCAAUAAAAUGUUUUUGUAACAUACUAAAAGGCAAGUUUCUAGUACCUCAAGAAAGGUCAGUCACCUUAUAGCAAAAUUAUUUGGUUUAUUUGGCUGUUUUGUAACUCAAGUUGUAUAUAUGCUGGCAUCUAAAUCAAGCAUGAUUUUAAUUAAAGCACAAAAGAAAUACCAAACAAUUCCAAAUUAUAGCAAAAGUUAUAGUAAAUACAAGAAAAUGUCCUUUGGUUAGAAACGUUAUAACUGAAAAAUUGAUUUUAAAGAUUUCUUUCAUCUUCAAAGAUUUCAUUUAUCUGUAUGUACAGAUGUGUAGAUUUUGUUUAUAUACAUAUAUAUUAAUACAUGAUGACCCUGUAACAUUUGCUUUCUAGUCUUUGGGUUACAAGUCGAUCUCAAUGAAAAAAUUUUUAUUUUGUUUAUACUUUACAGUCAGGAUCUUAUAAUAAAUUUUCUGUAUGAGAUAAUAGCUAAAAUGAAAUGGGUUAGCUUAACAAAUUGUCCAGUUUUCUAAGAAUUGUUUUGCUCCCUUUGCAUUAUUGGCAUCUAACUGAAAAUGGUUUUGUUUAGCAGCUGUUACAGUUAUAAGCCAGAAAUAUUUACAAUUUAUCUUUUAACAACUUUAUAAAAGUACUUCUGCUGGGCGUGGUGGCACACGCCUUUAAUCCCAGCACUAGGGAGGCAGAGGCAGGUGGAUCUCUGUGAGUUCAAGGCCAGCCUGGUCAACAUAGUGAGUUCCAGGACAGCUGGGGCUACAGGGAGACCCUGUUUCAAAAAGACCAAAAAAAAAAAAUACUUCUGUAAAAGUUCAUCCCAUUAAUAGAAAGGAUGUUUAGGGAGAAAAUACUUGUUUUCUAUAAAAAUUUUUUUUUGAUUGAUGCCACCUAUGUUGAGUCAGAUUAAGGAAUAGCUGAAGGUUUUAAGAGCUCUACUAUGUGACAUUAAUUUUAAAGUCAUGUUGCUAAUAAGAAACUAAAAUAUAAAGUAAAAAGUUAAUUUAGAAGUAGUUUUAAAGUAUGAAAAUAUUUUAAGAUGCCAGUGAGAAAAAUGGUUGUCAUUAAAACAUUGAUUCCUUCUCUCACCCUUUUCCAAUCCAGUGUUCUGUGCCUAGUUACUGCAGAAUCAGUAUUUUUCUGCUAGAAAAGACCCUAAAGAUAAUCUAGCUAAUAUUUACCAGGCACACACAUUCAUUCAUCCUCAGGAAACUGGGGCUCAAAGAGAUUGGGAUAUGAGGUUCAUAUCUAAGAAGCAGAGCCAGAAUCAAACCUUGUCGCUAGUCAAAUGCAUAUUAACAAUCCACUGCCUCUCUAUAUCCAUACUUUGAUAGAUAUGUAGUGCUUUGCCAUUUCUGCAAUUUAUUUAUAUUUCUGAUCUAGUAGUUGGUGAAUAUAACACAUUAAGACAAGUAUUAAAUCCAGAAAAAUGUAGAAUAAUAAAUACUGAUGGAAGUGUUUGAAAUGUAGGUAUCUACAAAUGUUAGGAUAGGUACAUUAUUCUUUCCUAAUUUAUGCCUUACUAACUUUCUGCCACAUAUGUUAUAUGCUGCCAUGCUGUUUAUAUUUGUGGGGAUUUGUUUAAGUGCAAAAUAAACCCAAUGAAAUGACUUGGAUCAGUGUUUCUAGCUAUUUGAAAGUGGUUUUUGAAGCAGUCAGUUUCCAGUCACCAAACCUGCCAAUAAAUUUGUAUUGAACAAUGGAGGAUUGAAAAGUAAAGGUAAAAAAACUCAGUUCCAUUAAUUUUUGAGUGAUUGGACCUUACCAUGCUUAGAGCAGAUAAAAGCAAUAUUUAUUUGACUGAAAAAAGUUUGAGUGAGUGUGAAGCUUAUGACUCCAUAAUGGAGCAGUGGCCUUGUCAUUUACAGUGUGUGCCAUAUGCACCAUUAUAAAUGCCUUGGUUUCAGCUGUGUAAGCUCAAGGUCUCCAGCCUGUAUUCCAUUUAGUUGCUUUAAAUUUCUUAUAAUUAUUUAUCAGACACUGGGAUACUGAGUAACUUCCUUCACAUUGUUUUUGUUUGCACUACUUUUGUGAGUAUUCUAAUGAAGUAGGGCAUUUUUCUUACCUCACUUUGUGAGGUUUACGUGGGUCCAUUUUUGAGUACUUUAGUUGUGACAAUCAGCUGUCUCAUCUAAUUCACUGCAUGUUCAUUUAUAAAUAAAAAUAGUAGUUCUGUCUUUAUGGGUAUCACACUGUACAAACACUGGCAAGGAGGCUCUCUCCAUUUUUAAACUUGUUUUGUAUUGUACAAGUACAUUUUUGUUUUGUUUCACAAAAGCCCAGUAUUUCAAUAAUACUUUGUUUUUCAAUUAAAAUUAAUAGCUCAUGUUCGUGAUUAGAAAUUCUAUAAGAAUUUUAAGGCAACUUUACUAUACUAUGGAUAUGUUAGUCAGACCAUGAGACUUUUUAUCUUUCAAGUUGAAUGAUUACUGUUUAUUGUUUCACUGAGUUGGGUGAGAUACAUGAUACUUAAAAUUUUUUAAAGUGUUUUUCAGAAAUAAGUGGUUUGAAAAUGAACUAGCUAAUGAAUUAGAGUAUUUGCUAGAUUAUAUGAACAUGGAAUACAGUGUAGAAUUAAUAAUCCAAAUAAAAUCAUGAGUCAUCAGAUUGGUACAAUUUUCCAUGCUAAGACAAAUUUUAGUAUUGUUUAUAGCAUGUGAAUCCAGUGAAUAUAUCACGUUGGUACUGAACUACAUAGGAAAUACUCCAACAGGUGGCGCAACCCCGCUUCCUUGCCCAUGUGGGCACAUUUUUUUCUAACCCUGACUUUUGGGCUUUUUUUUUGUUCACAGUAUUUUUGUAAUCCUAACCAUUCAUCCUAUGAGAAGUAUACACAGAUCAAAUAAUUCAGGAUGCAAGUUCACAGAAAGCUAGGAAUGAUGUGAAAUAACUGGCAGCAUAGUACAGAGAUGUAGUUUCUAUAUUUUUCUUCUGAAUUUUGAGAAAAGUGGGUUCAUAAUGUUUACAAAUUAAGACAUAUUCAUAUGUCUGCUAUUAUGCUACUACAUUUAAUAGGAAUUUUACCAAAAAAGUAGAAUUAAAUAUAGCUUAAGGUGUAAAUGAGUCUUUUUUUAAGAAAUUGUGUAUCUGGAGGUAGAUCUAAUAUGUCUUUUUAUUUUCAGAGAAACGUGAACUUAAUUGGACAGUCCAUCUUCAUAUAUAGGAAUAAUUAUCUGGUUUGCUGUAUCUGAGUGUAAACAGUUCAGUGUUAAUCAUAUCAGAAGAUACUUUUUGCAUCUUCAUUGAUUACAAAAUUUACCAAAGAAAAUGUUAUUGACCAAAAUCAUUUUUAAAGCACCUGUUAAGGAAUAAAGCUCCUUUAACAAAGUGAUUGCUUUCUAAUCCUGAGGGAAAUAAAUAUUAAUUCUUUAAAUUGGAAAAUGUGCAUACAGUAAAUAUACAAGAUUUUAUUUGGUUUUCUUGCAUGAAUUAGAUCUCAACACUCCAUUAACAGUACCAAUGAAAGAAUAUGUCCUAAUUUUAUUCCUUGUGGCAUGUUCUUAUUAAAAUGGAGGAUUUCGGUUACGAGUAUUGAAUAAAAAGGGGAAAAAUGUCUGGAAUUCGUAUAUUGGUAUAUUAUGGGUUGCUAAGAUAAAAUUAUGGGAGGAAACUAUAGAAAUCCACCUCUCAGUGCACAAUGGAAGUUACUUCUAACAAGUAUAAUAUUGCCUAAACUGGUAUGGUUUGUUUACAUAAUUUAUGUACAUGUUCACCCUUGACUAUUUUUUGUCUGCAUAAAAAAAAUCAAGCUAAAAUAUUCUUUUAAAUGUAUAGAACUAAAAGAUUUAAACUGUUUCGUGAUUUCUUAAAUUAUAAAACAGUUGUUUUUUAACUGCUCUUCCAAACAAGUUAAAUAUUUUUUUCAUAUCACAUGAUUGUUAAAAAGAAAUAAAUGCCUUGCUCUUGGAAAGAGACAAUUCUAAAUAAUUACUAAUAAUGGCCUAGGUUUUGAAAUUAGGCUGGCUUUACAGUCAGUUUAAAACUGGUUAAAUGAAAUGGUUUUUACAGUACAAGAAUUUUACUACCUUGGAUUUAUGUAAUUUGAUUUCUGUAACAAGCAAACAAUAUCCCAUUUUCAUAUAUUUGUUUCAUAAAAGGAUAUAGCUGGUGUUUUUGUUUAACCAACAUCAACUUCCCACAUAUUCAGAGAAUGGUGCUGGUGAAAAUUUAGGGCAGACAUGCAAAAAGUAUGAUCUUUAUUGAAUGAUGUCCUUUCAACCUAGGACUAGUGAAAAAUCAUUUUUUUUCAGAGCUGAAGAAAGAAAAUGCACAUUUAAGAUCAUAUUUAUUGGUGCAUGUGAGCCAUUACCAUCUUACUGAACUGAUUAAUGCUGUUGAUUGUUAAAAUGUGAAAUGUAGUCACUGUUGACCUUGUAAAUAUCUGCCAGAGAUUAAAAAUAUUUUAAGUUAUUGUAAAUAAAGAUGUAUAAAACUCAGUAUCAGUCUGCAAUGCAGAAAAUAUAUCUCACAUGUUAAAUAUUGUGUUUCUUGAGGGAUGUAUAAUUUCUCCCCAGGUGUAUCUAGCUAUAUUAAGAAUGUAAAUUUUCUUUUGUACAGUACAAAAAUACAGCUUUAUUUGGCUUUUAA